CUCUUAGUUACAGUUGUUAGGGACUCCGGGGGAAUUCCCUUAAUAAAAACAGUUUUAAUUAAACUAAAACUUUGAGGUAAAUGAUGACAAAAACUGUUUCGGUGGCAUUUCACGAGUUGCUGAAAACACUCUGCCUUCAAGAAUUUCCUUGCGGUAUUGGAACCUGGAGAAACCCAAAUGACAAAUUUGCAGAAGGACAAUAUGCUGUUACGCUAAAAGACUAUGGGGUUCAAUAUGAGAAAAUGGAGGUACUGAAAGAAUAUCUUAACUCUGGCACAUGGGAUGUAGAUACAUCUUGGAGCAAUGAAGCAGCUGAUCUUCGCAGCCUUGCCAUCUCACAACCAUGGAAACUUUCCGGUGGCAAAAAUAGUUCACAGUUUAUACAAGAAUUCUUUAAAAGCCUCAGAAUUAUUGAUAAACAGAUAACGGAAAUCGACCAUGGAAUAUUAAGCAUGAAAAAUUUGGAAGAUCUGACCCUAAGUGUAAAUUUGUUACGAAAGGUACCAUCUGAUAAUCUGCCUCCAAACUUAAAGGUGCUUGAACUGUGCACUAAUUGCUUGACAAGCAUUACCUCUUUGUGUAAAAAUCCGCCACCUUUGCUACACCUUGGUUUGUCGUACAACCAGCUUCACAGUGUGGACGAGUACAAGUAUUUUACUGUAGAAUACUGGCCAUCUCUAAUGUCAUUGGAUUUAAGUUACAACAACUUGAACCAACUGGUAGAGCUUGUGGAUAGACUUGCAUCGUUGCCAAACCUUCGUAACUUGAUUUUACAGGGAAAUCCAAUGUCUCUCAUACCAGGAUAUCGUGGACAUGUAGUAGAUGCCCUAAAAGAGUUAGUAGUUUUCGAUGAUGUUCACAUUUCUGCUGAUGAGAAACACCAUUAUAAAGGGCUCGGGAAAAAGAAAGAACUAAUUCUGGAUGAAGCUCAAUUAACUGUACAUUUUAAAGGACUAAAUGGCAUACCUAUACCAGCGGAAUUAGUAGAGGAUGAAGAAAGGCAAGAAUUCCCUGUAAUUAGCACCCAGUAUGUGAUUAAAUAUGAAAUGCUGGCAGAUGCGGUUCCUACUACAGCAGAAACCCAAGAUUACACUACACCUGUUACCAGGGAGAAAUCAAAACCAAGUGUUAUUGAACCAACAACAGUUGUCACGUACUACACUGAACCCAGAGACUGGAAUGAAGGAGAAAUAAGCUUGGACUACAAACACACCCAUGUUGUCUAUAAUCUUCCUUGUUUCCGAGACUUUCUGCAACAAGGAAUCAAUUUCACAAUCCAGUAUAAACGAACUUUGUCUUGGCCCAUGACCCCUGGGGAAACUGAGGGUAGAGUAGCCACUCCAGAAACGACUGCAAAAAAAUCAGCCAAGGGAGGAGCUGAGACUCCAAGUAAGAAGGGAAAGGAUUCAAAAGCAAAAGACAAGGGUGGCAAAGGAGAGAAAGACAAAGGAAAAAAGAAGAUUGGUGGAAGAGACACAGAGAUGGAGAUGAGAGCAGAUCCUCCUACCUUCACAGACAUAGGAACUUACCAUAUACCUUUGUCACACUUUCUUGAAGGAGACAGAAGAGUUAACAAGCUUUGCCAUUGUGGUGGUGGCCCUAUGCCUACCAAGGAAGAACUGGAACUAUUAAAAGUAAAAGAAUUGGAAGAAGUGAAACCAGAAACAAAGGGAACAAAAAGAAGAACGCCUUCAGCUGAAAAGACAAAAGCAAAAGGAAAGCCAGGAUCCGCUGCCGGAAAGAAAAAGGAUGUUAAAAAGGAACCAGAUGAAGACGCUGCAGAAGAAGAGCCUCCUGUUCCUCCACCUAUUACUCUGGAUGUUGGUAUUAAUCUUCUGCGCUGGGAUACAGCAGCUGACAGUUUAAAGGGAUUGUAAUUUUGUUUUACUUUAUUAAAAGUUUUUUUGCCCCAUUUUUUGUGAUAUUAAAGCAUAUACACAAUUCUA